ACGUGCGCGUGUAAAUGCGCCGUGAAACUAAUGUUGAAUGGCAACUACAGGUGGCUCUCGUAUUGUUUUGGUGAGAAAUUUAUCGUUUCGUGCUGCUGCGUUUUCGUGUAAAGUGCUGAAAAUGGCCUCGGCCUCUCCAAAACCCAAAUAUAUUUACGAAUUGCCUUACAUACCCCAACGUGAUCUGGCUAACAUUCUGGAUGACAACAAUCAAUGGAAAGAACUUGGUGAUUUCAUGCAGUACAAUGUUACAAGAUUGAAUGAGUUUGGCAGAAAUACCCAAUCACCCACAAUGGCAAUGUUUUCAGACUGGGGUCAGAAAAAUCAUACCAUUGUCGAGCUUUUUGUCUUGCUCUCCAAAAUGCAGCACUACAGGGCUCUUGAAAUAUUGAUGCCAUAUGUCGAUGAAAGAUACCAUGUCCUAGUAAGAAAUGGAGAAUUGAAUCUGUCAAAAUUACUGAAAACAGAACUUGGUGCUGCGGCAACUCCUGGAAACUACAGUGAAUUGAGCACAGCCACACUAAGGAGUCCCAGUGGAGCAAAAGGAUCUGUUGAUUCAUGUAAUUUUAAUUCUCCACCUUGUGAAAGAGCUUUCCCUUCAAAGCUAGCACCAUUUGAAUUGGGUCAAAACAAUCCAAGUGUUAGUAAACCAAUAUCCAUCAAUCAAAGUGAUGUGACUAGAAGUGAAAACAUUCAAGCUUCGUGGAACACUCCUUCACCCGCACAACCCCCAAAUCCAUCACCCCAACACGGUCCUAUUAACGGAAUCCUUCCUAGAAGAGAUUCAGAAAGCUCGGCAUUUAGCGAAGCUUCAUCUGCAUCAGCCAUGUCAAACAUUCCGCCCAUCGACGAGCAAGAAUUGUCGAUUGCAACCAACAAUUGGAACACGGUUUCUAUUCUUGGAAAAGGGGGUUUCGGUACAGUGUACAAGGGAACGUGGAAAAACACUCAAGUGGCCAUCAAACGCAUGGAGAAUAAAGGCUUGGCCGGUGCCAACCUCAUACCUAUGCAGCAGUCGAUGGGAGAACUUCGUAUCUUGAAUGCCGUCCGACACGAUAACAUCUUACCUUUGUACGGCUAUUCACUGGGUGGCAAUUUUCCCUGUUUGGUUUAUCAAUUUAUGCCAAACGGAUCGCUGGAAGAUCGCCUUUUAUGUCGGCAAGGGACCUAUCCAUUGAAUUGGGAACAGCGCUUCAACAUUGCCCGGGGGACAGCUCGUGGGCUUCAGUUCCUUCACACCAUGGGAGACAAGCCAUUAAUUCAUGGCGAUAUAAAAAGUGCCAAUAUUCUGUUAGACAAGAAUUUCGAACCAAAGAUUGGUGAUUUCGGUUUAGCUAGGGAAGGCCCUCAAACUCAGUAUACACACAUUAAAGUCAGUCGUGUACUGGGAACGCGUCCCUAUUUACCCGAUGAAUAUUUGCGAGGCAAAAAGAUUUCGACAAAGGUUGACACUUACAGCUUUGGGAUAGUCUUGUUCGAGCUUGGCACUGGACUACGUGCGUACGACAGUCAUAGAGAGCACCCUUAUCUGCGAGACCAAAUAGAGAACAGCGGGCAAACAGAUUUGCGCGAUGUGAAAGCCGGUCAAGUUUGCGUUGCGCUAUACCAACCGCUCAUGCAUUUGGGUUGGUUGUGUGCUUCCACAAAAGCCAAAGACCGGCCUGAAAUGGUCAAGGUUCUUCAAGAUUUAGAUCAAUUGGCUUCUGGGAUGGAGUUUUACGCUGGACACAGCACCCCACGACCUCAACUACCUGUUCCGCCCCCCACUGUUAUGUCACCAAUGCGUGUGCCUAGUCCUAGAUUGCCAGCAAGAGAUAAAGUGGUAGAUGUCUUUACUCCAACCUCGAGAGAGAAAGAGAUACAGUUCUUUCCUCCGUCACCGAGAGAUAAAGUGGUCCCUGUUUUACUCCCAACUCCUGUAAGACAUGUGGAACCUUCAGUAGAAUAUUUUGCACCCACUCCAAUGAUUCCAGCGCCUCUAUUAGAAGUUCCUUCCGUCCUUCCAGCGCCUCUCUCAGUGAUGAACGAGCCUGAUAUCAUCCCAGCGUUUGAUCAACUGGCUGUAUCAACGGGGGUUUGCAGUAUCGCAUCAGGAGAAAUGCCCAACUUCAAUUCGUUACUGAACGUGGAAUCAACUUCUCAGACAGUGGACGAUCAUCAGAAUAAUAAUAGUAGUUCCGAUGAUAGCUCGGAGUCGAGCAGUUCUGAAACCAGUGGCGAGAUAGAGACCAAUGUUCGUCACAGUAGUAAUACGACUGCUCAAAAAAAGAUUUUCUUCUUUGGUCCUAAUUAAGUACCAAAUAAUAUUGUUUUCUAAUUAUUAUGUUACUGAUGAAAUACGUUCAUACUGGAAGGCAAUUGGGGGUUUAUCAUUAUAAUAUUAUUGAUUUGUUAUUUCCCCGGAAUCUCGGGGAAGUGUAAUUAUCAAAUGUGUGAAAAUGUAUCGCCUUGUUCACAGAUGGCGCGGCGUGCUGUUGUAAUUUUUUCAGUGAUGUCUGCUUCUGUUACAAAACUGAGAUGAGUUAUAAACUAUUCUUAGGAUUC